UCCUUGACUUUGUAUUUUGUGAAGGUCAACAAUCUUUUGCUGUACAUCAGAACUAUUAGUUUUUUUUUCUCAUUGUGAUGGACGAUUAAGGGAAUUUGCCCCUUAUGUUGCCCCAUAUUUAUAGUCCUGUGAAACAGGAAGUCAUGGCUGAAUAAUGCCAUCAUCCUAGUCACCAUGGUGUGCUAAAAAUAUAUGGGAAUAUACUUGAGAUUUGCGUUAAUGUGGCAUUUGACAGCAUCUUUCAUGGAGGCACAGAAUUAAAUUCAUGCCAGUGAUGAAUUGGGACAAAAAUGGAAUACCAUCCUUCUAUCGUGGACUUUUUAAAGUCUGGAGACUUUUUUUUAUAGAUCGACAAAAACAGGCUCUUUGUUCUGGUUGUUCUGGUCUAUAUUAAAUACCAACAUUUAAUUAUGAUGCAUUUUAAAUUAUAUUAAUUGCUAUACAGAGGUUUUCAUUCUGACUAGGUAUUAGUAAGAUCUUGCAACCAUUUAAUAUCCCAUAAAAAAAGUCAAGAUUAAGGGCAAAAAAAAGUCUUGUUUACGUGUUUAAAGGUGUUUCACCAAAAAUAAACGAUGGGUGUUGAAUUUAAUUUGAUUUUUUUUAGACAUUAUUCUACUACAAUACCUGUGAUCUUCAGUAAUUAUCGCAAAAAAGCUUGAGAACCCAGACAUUAUAAAGACCCUGACACAAGGCUGAGGAAACUAAACCUCUGCAAAAGCAUAUCAUGCAGUUUCUUUAUUAAUUAAUCAUAUUCAUGUUUUUAAUUCUAAGGUAGAACAUGUCAGUUUUAUUAUAUUAUCUUUCUAAAAAAAAAGAAAAAAAGAGUAAAAACUGUUUUGCAACAUUUCUAGAUAAUCUGCAGUUAUUUACUAUUAAAAUUCUAAAAAUAUUCCAUUCACCUUAACAUUCACUUGAAUUCACCCUAUAGUUGAAAUUUUGUGUGACUGUCACUUCAAUUUUUUUGAAUGUUCUUAAAUAUUGAACAUCUGCAAUACCACGGUGUAACAACUGGAUGGUCGUAUAGCCCUAUAUAUAAAAACAUAUAAACAGUUUGCUGCAGAGUGACAGAACGUAAGACAUACAGCAAAUUACUUGUAUUAGGUUAUUCAUUUUGGAUAUAUAUUUUCAGACAUUAUAAUGACUACUUUUAGUAAAAGUUGACAUUUAAAUGUUGAUUUGAAGUGUCAGUUAUUAUUAUUAUUGCAGUCAAAUCUGGACACAUAGAAACUCAUACUAGCAAUAGUACAGUGUGAUCAGUCACAUGAAAGUCAUCAGAUUAAAUAUUGCCUCAGUGUGACCAGGGCGAUCUUUCAAAAUAUUAUAAUUGAGUGUUUUAAUACCAUGAAGUCAAGUCAAGUCACCUUUAUUUAUAUAGCGCUUUUAACAAUACAGAUUGUGUCAAAGCACUUAACAGUAUCAAAUCGGAGGAUAGAGUGUCAGUAAUGUACAAUGAUAAGAUUAAACACUCAAUUUUCAGUUAAAGGCAUUUCAUUAUUGAAUUCAGAGAUGUCAUUGUCUAGCUCAGUUUAGUUUAAAUAGUAUCUGUGCAAUCAAAUCGGCGAUAAUCGCUAGAAAUUAAGUGUCCCCAACUGAGCAAGCCAGAGGCGACAGCGGCAAGGAACCAAAACUCCCUCUGUGACAGAAUAGAGAAAAAAAAACCUUGGGAGAAACCAGGCUUAGUCGGGGGGCCAGUUCUCCUCUGGCCAGACGAAACCCGCAGUUCAAAAGUUUAUAUUUCUAUUUUAAUUUUGUUGCAAUUUCUAACAAUAGUAGUAUUAUGUAGUUAGGUAUUUUAUUAUAUUUUUAGUUUUAUUGUAUUUUAAUCGAGGUCUUCAAUGGGGAUAUGAAGAGAGACUGUCUGUGGUCGAGUUGAGUAUCUUCCUCCUGUUUGAAAAAAAAAAACUGCAUUCCAAUUAGAGACUGGGAUCAGGCAAGUCACAAAAACAAAGAUGUGUGGCGUUAAAUCACGAUGGGAUGCAUUUUAGCGAAGUUUAUGCCACAACCACAACCCGUAACAGAAGAACGGAUCGAUAACAGAGUAAUGGAGUUCGUGGAUGCUGUCGCCGCCCUAGCCCUCCUAGAUCUCCCCUUUUAUGAGUUCACAUUGGAGUUUUGUGAGCUCGCCGCGACAACUAUGUUGGCUGACUCAACCAUCAUCGAGAUGUUACGGCUCGGGGCCACUUUCCACCGUCCCGUGGACCUCCCAGACACCACGGGUUUGAGUUGGAGAGAGGCCAUUCUUCAGUGUCUGGGAAGCAUCCGGGCCCGAGCCGGAACCAACUCGUCAGCCGUGGCUCUCCCUCGUCCGCCUCAUCCCUGACUCCUCCUCACCAGCCGCCAUCCGUGGCCCACGAAUUCCCGCCGCCGUCCGUGGCCACGGCAAGCCCGCCGACACGGAAUACGGCAAGCCCGCCAAGUAGUACGGCAAGCCCGCCGACAUGGAAUGUGGCAAGCCCGCCAAGAAGUAUGGCAAGCCCGCUGGUCCCGUCCAGCCCUCCUGUGCCUCCGCUGGUCCCGUCCAGCCCUCCUGUGCCUCCGCUGGUCCCAUCCAGCUCGCCUGUGCCUCCGCUGGUUCCGUCCAGCUCCGUGCUUCCAGAGCGCCACCCAGUGCCUGCGCCACGAAGGCGCCUCCCUAGCUCCGCGCUGUCCGAGCGCAUCCGAGAGUCCGUGCUGCCAGAGCGCCCUCAAGAAUCUCCGCUGGUUCCGUCCAGCUCCGCGCUUCCAGAGUGCCCCCUAGUAUCUGCGCUGCCAGAGCGCCCUCAAAAGUCUCCGCUGGUUCCGUCCAGCUCCUCGCUUCCAGAGCGCCCUCAAGAGUCUCCACUGGUUCCGUCCAGCUCCUCGCUUCCAGAGCGCCCUCAAGAGUCUCCACUGGUUCCGUCCAGCUCCUCGCUUCCAGAGUGCCCCCAAGAGUCUGCGCUUCCAGAGCGCCCCCAAGAGUCCGCGCUAAGAUUGAAAGCCCCUAAUUUCACCUUUAAAAUUUUUUUUUUGGGGGGGGCUAUUCCCCGGUGAAUUCUGCUCCGUCUUGGGCGCCCAAACUCCCGGAUCCGCCAUGGUCGUCCAAGCCUCCUGCUCCGUCCUGGGCUCCUCAAGCUCCCUGCUCCGCCAUGGCCUUCCGAGCCUCCUGACCCGCCAUGGCCGCCGGAGUCCCCUGACCCGCCAUGGCCUCUAAGAAUCUCCUGUUCCGCCCUGGAUGCCUCCUCUGUAUCCCUGUCCUGCACCGGCGUCCAGGGCGCCCACCCCCCCUCCCAGGUUGUACUGUUACGGUGCGGGACGCGCCUACCGGGAGGGGGAGGUACUGUCACGUGUCUGCUUGUCUGAGUUUCCAUCUGUCCUUAUUUGGUUUAGUUCCGUUCCUUGUUAAUUAAUUAUCUGUCAUUGUCCCCACCUGAGUUGAAUUACGUUGUUUGCUCUUUUAUUCCCUUUCCUUUAAAAGUCCUCAGUUCUCCCUUUGUGUUUGUCCGUUCUUGAUGUUUAUGAGUUCAAUAAAUGGGAAAAGUGAGUUGAUGCCGUUUCGUUCUCCUGCCUUUCAUUUAUAUUCA